UCCAGAAGACUAUGCUUUCCUGUCAUAAUCCAAUUUAUGCUACGUAAAAAAAGUGUUUUGAAUUUAAAAUAACACAUUUAUACCGCAUGCAAAAAACAACAUGGGUUUUAACCCGUGGGCAUGUCUGUAAUGAUGAGACUUGUGGGUAUAAGAGAUCACCAAUAGUUAACCUAACUUUUGAGCAUUAUUUAGUCGUAACCUUUACAUACUUUGCUUUGGUUUUCAAACUCAUUUAUACCACAGACUCCAAACUAAAACUUCAAAAAUAUGAAAGAGGAUCAAGAGAAAUGGUCGGCACCUAAGCUACAUUGCUAGUGUUUUAGUAAAGGUUCUCAGUACAUGUUAUAGCAUGUAACAUGUUUUACAACUCUGUAGUUUGUCAUUAUUGGGUUUUGAUAAUAAGGUUGCAACAUUAAAAAAGGAAGCAGUCUGAAUACUUUCUACAUCACAGGGACUGUGAGUGUAGAUGUGUUUUGCAUGUUGAUUUGUUUAUUCUCAUCCAAGCGAGGCAUACAGUAUAUGACAACUCCCAAGUCCACAUCAGAUCAGUUGGUAACUAGCACAAUGAAACAUGUUCUAGUUUCUCUGUGUCUCCUGGGAAUGUUUAUGCAUGCCUUGGCUCAAUGCAGUGCCUCAGAGUUUCAGCUGGAAGGAGAUUAUUUGUUGGGUGGACUUUUUGGUAUUCAUCAUGAUAGUGAUCCUGAUUUUCAUGACAGACCAGAAGCCGUCGACUGCGCCAGUAAACCCCUAAUUUCUUCAAGUUAUCGGAGGUUUCAGUUGAUGAGAUUCGCUGUAGAUGAAAUCAAUAACUCUACCAACCUCCUGCCAAACGUAUCUCUCGGCUAUGAGAUAUUUGACCAAUGCUCAGAUACACACAAUUUCCCAGACCUCUUUUACUUCAUAUCAGCAAAUGGCUUGGUCCAACCUUGGGGUGAACCACGCAAGAAUCUGUCCAAAGUGAUGGCAGUGGUCGGCCCUUAUACAAGCACUAAGGCCCUGACUGUAGCCCCACUUCUCAUGAUGAAUCAGAUUCCUAUGAUCAGUUAUGGGGCUGCUAGUUCUGCCUUCUCAAGAAAACAGAAAUUUCCCUAUUUCCUGCGAACAGUGCAACCCAAUAAAGACGUCAUUGAGUUAAUUGUUGAGAUUCUGCUGCACUUCAACUGGCACUGGGUUGCUUUCCUUUACAUUAACGAUGAUUAUGGCAACAACGGCCUGGAAUUAUUCAUGAAGAAGAUUAAGGAUACUCAAAUCUGCCUGGCAUACAUCAAAGGCCUGGAUCAAUAUACAAACCACUCCCAAAUACUCAAACAGAUCAAUGCACAUAGAAUAGGUGCCAUCAUUGUGUUUGCUCCUGAAUGGACUGCUGAAGCUCUCAUUGAGUCGGCAAUAAACCAGAAUGUCACCAACAAAGUGUGGAUCGCCUCAGAUGCAUGGUCCUUAAACAAGAAUCUCCCGAAGAAGAAAGGAAUCAGAAAUAUUGGAACUGUGAUUGGGGUUUCUGAAAAAAGAGUGACAAUACCUGGUUUCAGUGAUUUUAUCCAUUUUUCCAGAAGACGUACAUAUUGUGAAAAUGCAUCACAAAAUAUAAAUUGUAAUCAGGUUUGCAACUGCAGCAGCCUGAGCGCAAAAGAUGUUGUUGCUGCAGACCCUUCUUUUAAUUUCCCCGUUUAUUCUGCUGUGCAUGCCAUCGCUCAUGCCUUACACAAUGCCCUGCAAUGUGGAUCUGGCAGAUGUAAUGAUAAUAUUACAGUCUUCCCACACAUGCUGCUAGCGGAGCUAAAGAAGUCCAACUUUACUCUUUUAAAUCAAAGCAUUCGGUUUGAUGAGAAUGGUGACCCCGACUUUGGAUCAUAUUCUGUAGUUUUCUGGAACCACAGUGGUGAUGCAGAGGAGAUUGGCUUUUAUCAUUUUGACCAAUCAGCCAAAUUAUUCAUCAACAAUAGCCAAAUUAAAUGGCACAGACACGGAAAAGUGCCUACGUCAGUGUGUUCCAAAGAAUGUCCUGUUGGAUUUGUAAAAAAGUAUACUGGAACCCACAAAUGCUGCUUCGAUUGUGAAAUCUGUCCAAAUGGAAGUUAUGUAACACAUAACAUCACAGAGGAUGCCUACAGGUGCAUCGACUGUAAGGACACCGAAUGGUCUGCAGCAGGAAGUACAUCAUGCAGCCUGCGGUCGGUGGAGUACAUCCCGUUCACAGACACCGGGGCUAUACUGAUCAUGGUGGGGGCCUGGGCCUUGGUGGGCUUCACACUCGCUGUAUCUGUUCUCUUUGCCAUCAACUACAACACACCUGUUGUCAGAUCUGCUGGGGGACCAAUGUGCUUCCUCAUUUUAGUCUGCCUCAGUCUGUGUAGUAUAAGUGUGUUCUUUUACUUUGGUGAACCAACAACUUCCUUCUGUAUCCUGAGGUUUUUACCAUUUCUCUUGUUCUACACAGUUUGUCUCGCCUGUUUCGUUGUGCGCUCUUUUCAAAUUGUUUUCAUCUUCAAAAUAGCCGCCAAGUUCCCCAAACUCCACAGUUGGUGGAUCAAGUAUCAUGGACAAUGGCUGGUCAUCACUGUGGCAUUUGGUAUUCAGGCACUCACACUUCUUAUUGGCUAUACGUGUUGCCCUCCUGACACCUUCAAGGAAACAGUUUGGUACCCAGACAAAAUCAUACUUGGUUGUGACCUUAAUCUAAAAGCCACCGCUGGCCCUGUGUUUUUCCUCUUGUCUUUGUGCUUCCUUUGCUUUAUUUUCUCCUACAUGGGGAAAGACCUCCCGAAAAAUUACAACGAGGCCAAAGCAAUAACCUUCUGUCUGCUCCUGCUGAUCCUCACCUGGAUCAUCUUUGCUACUACAUGUGUGCUUUACCACGGAAAGUACAUCCCAAUACUAAACGCUCUGGCCAUACUCUCCAGUCUCUACUCCUUUCUGGUGUGGUACUUCAUCCCAAAAUGCUACAUCAUGAUUUUUCAAUCAUACAAAAACAAGCAGGAGUACUUCCAAGGACUUAUUCAGAAUUAUACCAAAACAAUCAGCCAAUAGAGACUUGAAGUAAACAUGUGUUACUGUUUAUAGAAGAAAUAUUGUUCUUCAAACCCUCUGAAUACUUUUAAUGAAAUUAUAAUAGUGCACAGCAGUUUGUAAAAACAUGUUUCCAGAGUACACAAAUGAACAUAUUGUGGAAACACUGAACAGAUCUUAAGCUGAUGCUAACAUUAACCCUGCAUGGGAAUUAUAAAUCAGGGAGAAGUCUCAAUUAUCUUCUUCCACAUUAACGGAAGACUGAAAUGUAUGGGAGUAGAGAAAGAGAUGGGAUUGUGGGCAAUCACAGCUGACGUUUAUGAAAAUGAUAUAUAUUUCAAACCGGAGAGACGUGAUGUAAGGAACACAUAUUUAUUGUUUACACGUCAUAUGAAUGAA